AUGGGAAGCUCCAGCAACGCCAUCCUCAAGCUCCCCAGCAGUCUCCGCGUCGUCUCCCUGAACUGCUGGGGCCUCAAGUUCAUCUCUAAAUUCAGGCACGAACGGCUUACGGAAAUAGGCCGUCAGCUUGCCGCUGCUCAGCCCACACCUGAGAUUGUCGGCUUGCAAGAGUGUUGGACGCAGCAAGACUACUUGAUCAUUCGCGAGCUCACAAAAGACAUCCUGCCAUAUGGAAAGUUCUACUGGAGUGGCGUCUUCGGCGGCGGCCUCGCGGUCCUCUCAAAAUGGCCCAUCGAGGAGAGCUCCAUGUAUCGAUACCCGUUGAAUGGACGACCUGCGGCAUUCUGGAGAGGGGAUUGGUAUGUUGGAAAGGGAGUCGCGUGUGCGAGGAUUCGACUUGGACCUCGCGUGAAAGAUGUCGUGGAGGUCUUUUGCACGCAUUUGCAUGCACCAUACGAGAGGGAGCCGAACGACAGCUAUAUCUGCCAUCGAACAGCGCAGGCGUGGGAAAUUGCGAAGCUAAUGCGACAUGCGAGUGAGCGCGGGCACAUGGUGCUUGGACUGGGAGACUUCAACAUGGUGCCGAUGAGUCUUGCACAUCAAUUGAUCGAGGCACACGCGCCAGUGAGGGAUGUGUGGAGGAUUCUGUACCCGGAGUCCGCCUUGGGAAGUGCGGAGAAUGAGGCUGAGAAGGAGAGAGGGAGGCCGGUGCCGAGCGCGAGGGAGUGUUUGGAGGAGCAUGGUGCGACUUGCGAUUCGACGUUCAAUACGUGGAGGUGGAGUAAGCAGAUGCAGAAGGACCUGUUCAAGGGGAUUGAUUCGAAGGUUGAGGAGGAGGCUCCGGACCAGAAGGCGAAGAGGCUGGAUUAUGUCUUCUUUGCUGACAACGCUGGAUCGACGGGUCAGCAAUGGGAAGUUGAGAGCGUCGAGGUUGGCAUGACUAUGCGGCACCCGGAGCUCAAGGUCUCACUGAGCGACCACUUCUCGAUCGAGACCACGCUGGUGCGAUCAACAGCUUCGCAAAGCAGGAACACUCCAAGCCGACCACCUGUCCGCCACCUGGAUCCUGCGACAUAUCAACUUAUCCAAACCAUGAUCGCCAAAUACGACAAACGCGAGCGCGCCCAACGCCGUCUACAGCUCAUACACUUCUGGGCCUCUCUGGUCGUUUCGAUAGGCUGCCUGACUGCUGUCUGGUGGUCACCUCGCAACUACGUGUCCUUCAUCCUGAUGUUCAUCAGCACUCUGGGUCUGAGCUCUGGUGUGCUGGAUGGUCUGAUGGGCUUCCUGUUCGUCAAGACGGAGCUACGAGCGCUGAAGGAGUUCAAAUUUGACAUUGAUCAUGCUGCAAGUCAAGCUGAAGCACUUCAAGGGUCACGAACUCCUACAGAGCGUCAGGUGGCGGGCAAGCUUAGAGAAGUUGUGCGAAGUCGGGAGGAUGAGCCUGAUCAUGAGGUGUUGAGGCCUUGA